CACACUCACAUUUAAACACACCUACCCCUACCCUCUUCUUCAUAAUGGGAACCUGUGCUUCCAUUCAAGGAUCAUCAAAGAAAGGUGGAAACUUUACAUCAUGGGAAUCUUGUGUGAACAUAGUUCACUUGGAUGGUAGUUUGCAACAACUGAAGAAGCCUUUGAAAGCAUGGCAUGUUUUGUCUCAGAAUCCAAACUGUUUCAUAUGCAGCUCAGAAUCAAUCAAUGUUGGUUCAACAAUGAAAGCUGUGGAUCCAAGUGAAGAGCUUCAGUUGGAUCAUAUUUACUUCAUUGUUCCUAGAAUCAGAUCCCGGGUUCCUCUUUCUAUGCAGGAUUUGGGUCAAUUAGCAUUCAAGGCCAAUGCAGCUCUUGCUCAUUCUUCUUCCAAUAAUAAUAACUUCAAGCCUUGUAAUAACAAAGUUCCUCUUUCUAGAAGGAAGAAGCCUCAACGAACACACCCAAUUCUUAUUACAUGAUCAACAUCUAUAUGGGUUUCUUUGAGUUUUAUCAUCUCUUAAUUAAUCACCUCUAUGAUGUUGAUGAUGAUGAUUCCAUCAUGGUGAUGAAGAACUCAAGCUCUAUAUGUUUGAUGGAUACGGUUUGAUUUGGUUCGGUUCGAUUUGAUUCUAUUCAUUUGCUUCCGAAGGGUUUUGAGUAUUACUAUCUACUGUAAAACAGUGACUAAUGAUUAGUUUAGGUGCAGUUAACUUCAUGUGAAGUUGAUAGUUUAUUAAAGUCGUUAGAUGACAAUUUAGUGAAAUUUGUCAAAUCAUUUAACGACUUUCAAAUAUUAACUUCACAUGAAAUUAACUGUACCUAGAUUUUUAUCUCAUUUUUAUUUGUUUGUAUUGUUUAGGGAGUAGAUAUUAGUCACGGAUUUUAAAUUUAGUAAUUCAUAUAUAUAGGCGGUGAAAAUAUGAACAUGAAGAAUAUGGAAGUACGAGCAAAAUUCAAAUUGUGUACAUGUACAUACAAUAAGCUAAUACAAAUAUUAUUUGUUGUGUAA